AUGGCGUCGUCUGUGACGACAGGAGCGGUAGCCGCCGCCGAGUGCUCAGUCCCCGCUUGUAUGUUUGCCCCCGACCGGGGAUUUUGUGCCGCGGGUGCAGACGACGAUGCAUGCGGGGGAGAAAGCCUCGAGGACGGCGAGAGCACCAACGGCGAAUCCGCAGAUGUUUUGGACUUGAGCAACAAGCUGGUCCUGGUGAGUCCGACAGGUGAACAGUACGACGCGCUACAGCGACACCUAAGGCAGCGUCUAGAUGAGGGAUGCGGGGAGACCAUCUUUGUGAUCGGAAUGGGCUCAGAUGGUGGUGACUACGGCCUGAGUGACAGCGACAUGGAGGCAUCAGUGGCCACUGUGCAAUCGUUGUGCGAACAGGUGGAGGCUGACCUCAUCCCGCUGAGAGAGCGAACAGAAGUUGGUGGCAAGAUCGGCGACUACCUUAUCCGCCGCCGCGUGGGUGAACAGGACUUCCUGGAAGUAAGGGUGGCAGUAGUGGGCAAUGUUGAUGCCGGCAAGAGCACUUUGCUUGGCGUGCUAACCCACGGUGAAUUGGACAACGGUCGAGGCUUUGCGCGCCAAAAGCUCUUCAGGCACAAGCACGAGAUGGAGAGUGGCAGGACUAGCAGUGUGGGCAACGACAUUCUGGGUUUCGACCAUGAGGGCCAGGUUGUCAACAAGCCCGACAGUCAUGGCGGUAGCCUAGAUUGGACAAAGAUUUGUGAGAAGUCAUCCAAGGUGAUCACCUUUAUCGACCUGGCGGGCCACGAAAAGUAUCUGAAGACCACAGUGUUUGGCAUGACCGGACACCUGCCUGACUUCUGCAUGCUUAUGGUCGGUAGCAACGCUGGCAUCGUAGGCAUGACCAAAGAACAUCUGGGCCUGGCGCUGGCGUUAAAUGUGCCUGUCUUUGUGGUCGUCACCAAGAUAGACAUGUGUCCCGCCAACAUUCUGCAAGAAACACUGAAACUACUCCAACGGCUACUGAAGUCUCCAGGCUGCAGAAAGAUUCCCGUGUUGGUCCAGAACAAGGAUGACGUCAUCGUCACGGCCUCAAACUUCAGCUCGGAGAGGAUGUGUCCGAUAUUCCAGAUCUCUAAUGUGACAGGCGAGAACAUGGACCUCCUGAAAAUGUUCCUCAACCUGCUCUCGUCCAGGACUGCCUUCAAUGACGAUGAGCCUGCUGAGUUCCAAAUAGAUGAUACGUAUUCCGUGCCGGGUGUUGGUACCGUGGUAUCGGGCACCACAUUGCGUGGCAGAAUCCGACUCAACGACACACUCCUUCUGGGUCCUGACCCUCUGGGUACCUUCAUCCCAAUCGCUGUCAAGUCCAUCCAUCGCAAGAGGAUGCCGGUCAAAGAGGUGCGAGGUGGGCAGACGGCGUCCUUUGCACUCAAAAAGAUAAAGCGCUCGUCGAUACGGAAAGGCAUGGUGAUGGUCUCUCCCAAACUAAUGCCGCAGGCCACCUGGGAGUUUGAGGCAGAGAUCCUGGUGCUGCACCACCCCACCACGAUAUCACCACGCUACCAGGCCAUGGUCCACUGCGGCAGCAUCAGACAGACUGCCACCAUUUUAACAAUGAACAAGGACUGCCUCCGUACUGGCGACAAGGCAGCGGUCCACUUCCGCUUCAUCAAGACACCUGAGUACUUGCAUUGCGACCAUAAGCUGGUCUUUCGGGAAGGCCGCACCAAAGCCGUGGGCACCAUCACCAAGCUCCUCCAGUCGGUCAGUACGCAGGCAGCCAAGGCACAGCAGGCCAAAAUGCAGGCGGGCAAGAAAAUGUUCAAGGAUGGGGCAGAGGAAGCACGGCCACCCAGUCCCAACAACACAUCAGUUCCACUUAAAUCGGGUGGCGGAGGACGGCGGCGAGGCGGCCAGCGGCACCGAGGGAAAGGAGGUGCCAACGUUGUCACGAUGACGCCACCAGUGACGCCCGCAACCCCGACAACGGCAGCAGUGGGCAUUGUUUAG